AUGGAAUGCUUUUCUGAAAAAGGCAAGAGUGCCUGUUAUGGUGGGGGCUAUUGUACCGACCUGGAGACCAUUCGCAAGCUGGAAUACCCUUUACUAAACGGAACUACCUAUCUCGAUCAUGCUGGAACAACGCUCUAUGCAAAGUCUCUUAUUGAGUCGUUCUCGCACGACAUGGUAUCCAACCUAUACGGAAACCCCCAUUCCAUGUCUCAAUCCUCUCAGAGAUCUACGCAGCGGACAGAAGAUGUGCGACUCCGUGCACUUGAAUUUUUCAAUGCCGAUCCAGACGAGUUUGAUCUGGUUUUCGUGGCCAACGCAACCAGUGCUAUCAAGCUUGUUGCCGAAUCGUUCCGAGAUCAAAAUCCACAGGGUUUCUGGUAUGGAUACCACAUCGACUCCCAUACAAGUAUCGUUGGUGUACGAGAGCUCGCCCAAGUGGGCUACCAGUGCUUCCAAGAUGUUGAAGUGGACACUUUGAUCUCUAGACUGGGCACCGAGCAUGCGGAGACGCCCAAGCUAAUUGCAUUUCCGGCACAGUCUAACCUGAAUGGCCGGCGGCUCCCGGUCCGUUGGUGUAAUCAGAUCCGCACAGCUACCGGUGAGUACGCAGGGAAUGUCUUCAGCUUGGUCGAUGCCGCCUCAUUUGUAUCAACCGCUCCUCUGGACUUGAAGAAGUGGGCACCCGACUUUGUCGCGCUCAGCUUCUACAAAAUCUUCGGAUUUCCCGACCUAGGUGCUUUGAUUGUCCGAAAAAGCGCCGCACGUGCCCUUGAGAGGCGCAAAUAUUUUGGUGGGGGCACUGUCGACAUGGUACUAGCAUCGGGAGCCCAAUGGCAUGCAAAAAAGGCGUCCUCAAUCCACGAGCGACUCGAAGAUGGCACUCUUCCAUUCCACAGCAUAAUCGCACUAGAUAGCGCCUUCGAUACACAUCAACGGCUUUAUGGUUCAAUGGUAAAUAUUUCCGCCCACGCUGGAUUGCUUGUCAAAAGGCUAUACAACUGUCUCUCUUCGCUGAGACACUUCAACAGCGCAGUUGUCUGUCACAUCUACCGUUCAGUCUAUGGAGAUCCUGCGCUACAAGGCCCGAUUAUCGCUUUCAAUCUGAAAAACAGCCGUGGUGAGUGGAUCCCCAAAACUGCCAUAGAGAGGCUGGCAGCUGCGCGAAAUAUUCAACUACGCUCUGGGUCAGUCUGCAAUCCAGGCGGGACGGCCUCAUCUCUGGGCUGGACAGAUACAGAACUUCGCCGCCACUAUGCGGGAGGCUUGCGUUGUGGUGACAACCAUGAUGUGCUCGAUGGACGGCCUACUGGGGUUCUUCGCGUCAGUCUGGGUGCAAUGACCAGUACCAAGGAUAUCAAGACCUUGGUUAAAUUCAUUGAGGAGGUAUAUGUUGAGAAAUCUCGGCCCUCUUCCGAGCAACUCCAUAUAAAGUGA